AUGGGUGGUGCUCGUGAAAAGAAAGUUCAAUACUUCUCCAAGUUGAGAGAAUUGUUAGAAGAAUACAAGUCGAUCUUCGUUGUUGGUGUCGACAAUGUUUCUUCUCAACAAAUGCACGAAAUCAGAAAGGCCUUGAGACAAGAUGCCGUUGUCUUGAUGGGUAAGAACACCAUGGUCAGAAGAGCCAUCAGAGGUUUCUUGGCUGACUUGCCAGAGUUCGAAAAGUUGUUGCCUUUCGUCAGAGGUAACGUUGGUUUCAUCUUCACCAACGCUGACUUGAAGCAAAUCAGAGAAGUCAUCACUUCCAACGUCGUUGCCGCUCCAGCCAGAGCCGGUGCCGUUGCUCCAGCUGAUGUCUGGGUCCCAGCCGGUAACACUGGUAUGGAACCAGGUAAGACCUCUUUCUUCCAAGCUUUGGGUGUCCCAACCAAGAUUGCCAGAGGUACCAUUGAAAUUGUCUCUGACGUCAAGGUCGUCGAAGCCAACACCAAGGUCGGUGCUUCCGAAGCCUCCUUGUUGAACUUGUUGAACAUCUCUCCAUUCACCUAUGGUAUGACUGUUGUUCAAGUUUACUCCGAAGGCCAAGUCUUCCCAUCCACCAUCUUGGACAUCACUGACGAUGAAUUGGUCGGUCACUUCGUUGCUGCCAUCAACACCAUCGCCUCCAUCUCCUUGGCUGUUGGUUACCCAACCUUGCCAUCCGUUGGUCACUCUGUCAUCAACCACUACAAGAACGUCUUGGCCUUGUCUGUUGCUACUGAGUACACCUUCGAAGGUUCUGAAGCUAUUAAGGACAGAUUGGCUAACCCAGAAGCUUACGCUGCUGCUGCUCCAGCUGCUUCUGCUUCCUCUGCCGCUGCUGCUGAAGAAGCCCCAGCUGCUGAAGAAGAAGAAGAAUCCGAUGACGACAUGGGUAUGGGUUUGUUCGAUUAA